AUGAAUAAUCAAUCUACUAUUGAUGAAGAUCAAAAACAAUCAUCCUCAACAACAUCUCAUCGUCCAAUUCGUUCUGAUCUUUUAACAAAAAUUUAUUAUCCUGAUACAUUAUAUCCUGAUAGUUACAUAUUUUUUGCCGAUCGAAGAACUUCACCGAUAAAUGUCAAUGAUCAAGACUCAAAAAAACUUCCAGUAAAUACAUCACCGACUACUUCUAAACAAAUACCAAAUGAUAUUGAAAUUAUCGAAAGUCAAAGCAAAUAUUUCGUAAGUGUUAUUACGUAUAAUUAA